ACAGUUUUGACUCUUGAUCCAAUGAUGAGAACAUCAUUCUUGGAAUUCCUGAAGAUGUGGAUCCUUCGACCCUGGCCCAAGGUACUGAUGCUCCAGUCAAGGUCAAAAUCCCACAUCCCCACGUGAAGAAGUCAAAGAUCCUCCUUGGCAAGGCUGGAGUCAUCACCACCAUCGAGGAGGAAUCCCCUCCUCCACCCCCCAAGUCGCCUGACAAGGAUCCAUUCAAUAUAUCCAAUGAUGAGUACUACCAGCCUAAAUCAUCGGAACAGACCAUCAAAAUGUCCAUGGGUGGUGGGCUCCUCCAGCACUCUACACCUGUGGUUGAGUUGCAACCACCUUUCAUUCCAACUUAUAUGGGAGAAAAGAAGUUACGGCUGUUCCACCGGCCACCCUUAAAGAGGUACUCCCACGGGCCUCUAUCAACUCUUGGCCCUCAUGCCGUCCAUCCUCUAACAAAAGAGAUCAAGAAAAAGGCUAAGCAACGCGAGAAUGAGAGGCUAGCAUCUGGUGGUGGAGAUGUCUUCUUCAUGAGAACACCUGAAGAUCUCACAGGCAAGGAUGGUGACAUCAUCUUGUUAGAGUACUGUGAAGAGUACCCUCCUCUAUUGUCUCAGGUCGGUAUGGCAACGCGCAUCAAGAAUUAUUAUAAGAGAAAAGCUGGCAAUGACAAGGGUCACCAAAAUUCCGCUUUGGAGAAACAGCAUUUGCCCACACAUCCCCCUUUCCGGGUGCCAUCUCCAGGGAAAAAAGCAUCCAGACUUGAGAAUAAUAUGUUAGACCCAUGUAUGAGCAAAAAUUUAAGUACCUUGUAG